CAUCUAUAUAUUUUACGUUAAGCUUUUCUAAAUCUGCAUAUCAGUUCAGCACACGUGCUUUUCCUAUGAGACCAGAAUCUUUCUCUUUUUGGCUAUAGUUCUUGCAGAUCAAAACAUGAUUACUUGCACACCCACAGUACUUACUCUCGAACAGGAAGUAUCAGUAAUCGCCAGCAAACAAUCAACGUCCAAAACAUUAAAACUUUGCUGUCACCAUGAAAAUAAAACUCACUCGCAGCAGCGCAGCCGCGUCGCCGAUUCGCUAUAUAAGUUGAGGCUUACGCCCAGAAAUGUAUCAUUCGACGAUCAAGUUCACUUCUGUAAAGAACUCAACUAAACCCCAAAAGCAACAACAUGGCAUUCAAGUUUGUUUUCGCACUCGCCUUCGUCGCCAUGGCCAGCGCUGGCUAUGUGCCCGAGGCCUAUCACGCAGCUUCUUCAGUUGCCACUUAUGGUGCCCCCGUGGCUGUGGCCCAGAAGGUGGUAGUCAAGUCCGACGAGGAGUACGAUCCUCAUCCCCAGUACCGUUUCUCGUACGGAGUCGAUGACAAGCUGACCGGUGACUCCAAGGGUCAGGUGGAGGAGCGCGAUGGCGAUGUCGUCCGUGGCGAGUACUCACUAGUGGAUGCCGAUGGCUACAAGCGCACCGUCCAGUACACCGCAGAUCCCGUUCACGGCUUUAACGCUGUGGUCAACCGUGAACCUCUGGUCAAGACCGUCGCUGUUGCUCCCGUUGUGAAGACCGUUGCCGCCGCCCCCGUUGCCCACUAUGCCGCGCCCGCUCACUAUGCUGCUCCAGCUCCAGUGGCUCACUAUGCCGCUCCAUCUGUCCAGUAUGCCGCCCCCGCUGUUGUCAAGACAGUCGCUCCAGUUGCCCACUAUUCUGCUCCAGCUCCAGUGGCUCACUAUGCUGCCCCAGCUGUUGUCAAGACUGUUGCUCCAGCUUACUCCACCUAUGCUGCCCCAGCUCAGGUGGCCCACUAUGCUGCCCCAGCUCAGGUAGCCCACUAUGCUGCCCCAGCUCAGGUAGCCCACUAUGCUGCCCCCGCUGCUCACUACGCCACCUACUCCGCACCAGCCGUUGCCUACCAUCACUAAAAUGUUUAAAUCUUGUUUAUAAUCGUAUAUAGUAUCGUUGCUCAUAUUGAUGUACAUUUAUUUAUUGCCAUCCACAAUAAAAUAAUGCAUACAUG